CAGGGGAAUUGUGCAAGACCCAUGUAGGAUGGUCGAAGAGGAGAGCGCACCUACACCUGCGUUUGCGUUGUCCGAUGUUGCUGUAGUACAGGAUGCAUCUCCUGUCUGUAAGGAUGUGUUUUUUAAUGCUGUUCUUCUGGAUUGUGUUUGUGUGUGUUUUUGCUCAGGUCAGCACCAGUAUUGAGGGACAUCCUCCUUUUCCUGACUAUAUUUACCCAUAUGUUCCUCAAGUACCACGGUUGUCGGACUUUGAACGCGACCCAAAGUUUGUUGUUGUUGCUCCAUCUAAGCUACAAGUGGGAAAUGAAGAAAAUAUCCUGCUGGAGGCGUUUGGACUUUCUGAGCCAGUCGUCGUUACUCUCUUGGUGUACGAUUAUCCACAGAGGUCUGUAAUGCUGUUGCAGGGAACGGUCACCCUGAACGUUGAUAAUAACUACAGCGUCCUCAAAACCAUAAAGAUACCUCCAAGAGCCCUGCAGCAAGAAACAAGAGUCAGCAAAUAUGUUGUGCUGCGUGCCUUGUUUGGAAGAUUCCAAGAGCUUGAGUACGUCAGUCAAGUGUCUUAUCGGUCUGGGUACAUCUUCAUCCAAACCGACAAGACCAUCUACAACCCAGGAGACACAGUUCGCUUCAGAGCCUUUGCCUCUACUCCAGAGUUUCAGGCUUUCAACAGUACAAUUUCUGUCGAAAUUCAGAACUCUGAUGAAAUUACAAUCCAUGCACAACCCGAGGUCAGAGCAGCAGACGGGGUUUACACCAACACCUACGCACUCUCGGACAUUGCGAAAGAGGGCAAGUGGAAGAUUGUUGCCAAAUUUGACAACUUGAAAGAAAACACAUACAGUGCACCCUUUGAGGUGAAGAAAUACGAACUCCCAGGAUUCAAUGUCUCGCUGGUGCCGACAAAGUUCCAUCUGAGUUUAGAAGAUAAAGAAUUUGAGGUGAAGGUGUACGCCAAAUAUUUGUAUGGCGAGAAAGUAGAUGGCGUCGCCUACGUGGUGUUCGGAAUAGAGAAUGACGGAGUGAAAGUACGAGUCUCCUCCAUGAAGCAAGUCAAAGAUCUGGAUGGUGGGAUUGCCACUUUGACCAUUGAUGAACUUAAGAAAGCCUACCCUGAUGUCAGCCACUUAGACGGCUUGUCCAUAUAUGUCAAAGCUUCCGUGAUGACCACCACAGGAAGUGACCUUGUGGAGGCGGAAAAGUCGGGCAUUAAAAUCAUCUUAGCACCGUACGUUCUUGCCAUUAAGGACACGUCAAGGUUUUAUAAAUCUGGCCUGCCGUUUGACUUGACGGUUACGGUCAGCCACCAUGACGGCUCCCCGGCUCCAAACGUUCCGGUGAAAAUCAGCUUCCUGUCCGCUCCUGUCAAAGUCCACAGCGGCACCAUCAGGGUGUCCCUCAACAUGCCAUGUGGCUUUAGCGUCAGAACUAUAAAGGUAAAUACGGUAGUCCCAGAGCUGAAGCCUGAGCAGCAGGCAAAGACCGAAUGGCCGGUGGAGGCGUCCAUGCCUUUCAGCGUUGUAGAACCUAACCAUCUUUACAUUACUGUAGACAAGAAGGAGGCAAAAUUAGGAGACACUGUGGACUUCCACCUGCAUCUCAGCUUCACAUCCAACCAAAAAAGGACAAACCCUCAACAGAUUUCAUAUACCGUGUUAAACAAGGGAAAGAUGAUCCGGGCAGGCAAAGUGAACGUAACCGAGUACGACGUGGCAAACUUUUCCCUGCUGCUGACGCCAGAGAUGCUGCCUGCUUUCCGCUUUGUGGCAUACUACAUUUUGCCAUUCCCUUAUUCAUUAGAUGUGAUGGCCGAUUCCCUUUUGGUGAAUGUGGAGAGCCGAUGUUUGGGAUCGCUCAAGGUUGAACCGUUAAGGGGGGAGGUGAAGGAAUCGUACUCGCCUGGCGACAGCUUUAACUUUCAACUGAGGGGCGACCCCGGAGCGAAGGUCAGCCUUGUAGCCGUGGACAACUCUGUGUUCCUGUUGAGUGAGAGUCGUCUGACACAGAAGAAGAUUUGGGACACGCUGGGGCAUGGGGAUUUGGGCUGCACUUCAGGCGGAGGGCAGAACAGUAUGGGUGUAUUCCAGGAUGCAGGACUGAAUUUUCACUCAAACUUCAUAGCAUCAACUACAAAUAUGAUGGUUCCAUGCUCCUGGAAGAUCAGGAGGAGGCGCUCGGCUGAAAAACUGCAUCUCCGGGACAAGCUUGAGAAGUCCUAUUCCGAGAGGUUUCUACGGCGCUGCUGCUCCGAUGGCAUGAGGGAGAUUCCCAUGGCGUACUCGUGCCGCCGUCGUGCUCUUUACAUCACUGAGGAGUGGAGCUGCGUGAUGGCUUUUCUCAAAUGCUGCUCGAAGUACAGGGGUGAAGAGCUGGGAAUCAUCGUCACCCCACCACCACCCACAAUCGGAUCUGUACCUGGGGGCGUUCCUAGCCUUGAUGUUAUGCCUUUGCAUAUUCCUGGCCUUUAUUAUGAUCCUCGGGUAGCUGGACCUCUUUCAUGGCCUCCCGCUGGUUCUGUUGUUCCUUCAUUUGGUGGUGCAGCUCUUGCUGGUGAUUCUGGUCCUCUAGUUCCUGGAGGUCCUGUAGGUCCUUUAGGUCCUGUAGGUUCUUCAGGUCCUGUUGGUGGUUAUGGUCUUGGUGCUCGUCCUGCUGCUGGUGCUCUUGUUCCAGCUUUUAUUCAAGAAGGUCUUAGUGUCACGACGGGUGUGGCAGGACUCCACGCACCUACAGGUAGUGAUGAGUACUACGACAAGCUAGAUGACAUUUAUGUACGCACCAAGUUCUUUGAGUCCUGGCUGUGGACAGACGUCCAACUUCCUGAAGCACCUGGGCCAGAUGGAUUGGCAGUAGCACCAGUGGAGUCUGUUCUCCCUGACAGCAUCACUCAGUGGGGGAUUCUGGGGAUCAGUGCAUCAGCUAGCACAGGUUUCUGUGUAGCCGAGCCGUUCAAUAUCCGGGCAUGGAAGCCGUUCUUCAUCAAACUUAGUCUCCCUCGCACCGCAGCCAGAAACGAACAUGUUGAGGUGAAGGCCGUGCUACACAACUACAUGAGCAAGGACCUGAAGGUGCUGUUCAUCUUGUCAAAAAUGGUGAAUAUGUGCAGUGUGGCAUAUACUGAGGAUCACAAGCAGGAGGUUUUUGUGCGAGCUAAAUCCUCUGUGCUCAUCCCCUACACUGUAAUCCCGCUCAAAACAGGAGAGCUCCCCCUGCAGGUCACUGCUGUGUCACACAGCUUCACUGGACGGGACGCAGUCCGGAAAACACUCUGUGUAGUGAUGGAAGGUAUUCAGAAGAUGGAUGUGAGGAGUUUUGUGUUGAAUCCUGCUGAUAAAGGAGACAGUGAAGGAAAUCAAGUGAUUCGGAUGAAAAGAGCUACAUUGAGUUUUGUGGUUCCCAACUCUGUUCCCAAAACACUUGUCAACAUCAGAGGUAAUCUGUUGGCCGACAGCAUUGAUAACUCUAUCAGUCAGGACUCGCUGGCGGCGCUGAUCCAGAUGCCCGGAGGCUGUGUGGAGCAAAACCUGGCUAGCAUCACGCUCCCGCUCAUCGCUGUUCAUUAUCUAGACCGCAGCUCGCAAUGGGAGAGUGUAGGAAUCCAGCGCAGGGAGGUCGCCAUCUCAUACAUAAAAACUGGCUACGAGAACCAGCUUCAUUACCGUAAAUCAGACGACUCGUAUCCACCAUAUAACAAUGAAGGAACAAGCACAUGGAUCACAGCGUUCGUGGUGAAGGUGUUCUCCAUGGCUUAUCCGUUCAUCACGGUGGAUAAGCAGAACAUCUGUCGCCCGCUGCUCUACCUGCUCAAUCACAAGCAGCUUCCAUCUGGAGCGUUCGAGGAGGACAACCCGGUCUAUACCACCUCCAUGACGGGAGGUCUUCAGGGUGCUGAAUCCACGGAAACUCUGACUGCGUUUGUAUUGAUAGCAUUGUCCGAAGCUAGGAAUGCUGUUAAAUGCAGCAGUUCAGAAGUAAACACAGGGGGUAUCGGAUUGAGACUACUGGAUCACGGUUCUUUGGAUUUGCUGUUCCAAAGAGCAGGAGUGUAUCUAAAGGAGCGGUACCACCGGCUGCGCAGGCCGUACUCUGUAGCGAUUGCGUGUUACGCCCUGGCUGUGAGCAAUCAGGGCUGCUCGAAGAGCGUGUUGCUGAAAUCCGCAUCAGCAGACCGUAAGCACUGGCCAGAUGCAGAAAACACGUUCUUCACGCUGGAGGCGACAGGUUAUGCACUGCUAGCCCUGCUUAAAGGAGGCCAUGUUCAGGAGGCGGCCGCUCCGUUUCAGUGGCUGAAUCAGCAGCGACGGGUCGGGGGAGGAUUCGGACCCACCCAGUCCACCAUGGUGGUACUACAGGCUCUGUCCGAGUACCUGGUGAAGGUACCUCCUCCAGCUGACAUGAAUCUGAAAGUGGUACUCAGUGUUCCUGGGCGCUCAGAUAUUCACCAGGCCUUCACCAAACAUCUGGCUCAUGUGGCAUAUUCCUUCUCGGUGCCUACAGAUCAGGACUUCUCAGUAAUGGCCUCAGGAAGUGGUCAGGGGAUCCUGGAGGUGGUAACUGUGUAUAACGAGUUGCCUGAUGUACACAAGAAGAGCUCCUGUAACGGAUUUGAGCUGAACGUCUCUAUUAGCGAGAGCGAUGAGAAGCCUCCAGCAGAGGUCGAGAAGGUGUAUAAACUCAGUAUCAAUGUAAGAGCGCUGGAGCAGCAUCAGGUGCGCAUGGCUGUGUUGGACAUCAACCUGCCGACAGGCUUUGAACCAGAGAACUCCGACUUGGAGCUGCUGACCAACGCUGUGGAUCGCUACAUCAACAAUUUCCAAGUGGUGGACAAUCUGAGCGAUCGAGGUUCCCUCAUCAUUCAUCUGUUCAAGGUCUCCAACAAAGAGGCAGACGUCAUUACGUUCAGGCUGAACCAGAAAUUUAAAGUGGGCCUCCUGCAACCGUCUACAGUUACUGUCUACCAGUAUUACAAUCCAGAUAAACGCUGCAGCAGGUUUUACACUCCACCAGAGGACAAGGAGCAGCUCAGUCAGAUGUGCAAAGGCAAUGUUUGCCGCUGCACGCAGGGUGACUGUUGUGUAGUGAAGACGGACCCUCAGACAGUCGCAGCGAGAAAGACUGCGGCGUGCAGUGGAGUCCAACAUGUGUACAAGGUCCGAGCGUUAAACGCGAGUAUGAGCCAGUAUGAUCGGUACGAGCUAGAGAUCCUGCAGGUCAUAAAAGAAGGCUCUGAAGUUGGUGUAAAAGAAAAGGACACGCGAGUGUUUCUCUCUCACGCUGGCUGCAGGGCGGGGCUAAAUCUGCUCACGGGGCAGGACUACCUCAUCAUCGGUCCACCCUCUGACAUCUGGCAAGCAGGCAGUGAUGAAAACGGUUACACGUACACUCUGGGGAAGAACACGUGGGUGGAGCACUGGCCAUCUGGUGCAUGUGACAAAUGCGCAGAGCUCGACAAUUUUAGCGCCAAACUGCAGAACGAUGGCUGCCAGACCUAAGAAAUGCCACACACACACGCUUACUACACAACACAAUAUAAAAGCCAGUCUGCUACACUACAAGACUUUUUUCCAUGCCAGUCCUUAAUUUGGUUAAAUCUUGUGUUCAGUUUAAAUUUGCACUUUAUGAAUCGCGUUACUGCAUCUCUAUGUGCAGAAAUAUAUAUCUUUCAGCGUGCAUUCUUUACUGCUUUGCAAUUCCUUGCAUCUUUAGUUAUGCUACAUGUGUUCACAACAAUUGUAGAUGGUACAGUCCUGCUAUUUCUUGUGUCAUAGCAUGGAUUCAUUGAAUAAUGUCUAUUGCAUGUAUGUGUAGCUUGUAUACUAUGAGACUUGGUAAAUAAAGCUUGAUUCUUGCUGGGAUCCCA